UUAGCUUCUUGAGUAAGACGAUAAAAUGUGAGUUAUGUUGAAACGGAAAAAUCAUUUGAGAAGUACCAACUACGGAAGGUAUUUUUUUAUUAUGUAAAUAAUGUGAAUUUAAGACAUGGUGUCGAUUGGUCGUUUUCUUUUGAAAUUAAACCGGAAAUUGUGUCCGCGUAAAUGACGAGAAUGAACCAAUUCUAGAUCAAGUAACGGGCAACAGCGCAAAGUUAGCCGGUGGUCAGCCCAUGUCAACAAGUUUUGUCAAAAACAACAGUCUGUGGGUAUUGUUUUGACCAAAUUGGUACAAAGGUACAUUUUUAUAGUUUCUCGCUGUUCCACGUCGAUAGGGGCGCGCGCAUCAUGACGUCCAGAUGCAGGCCGAGUGACAGAGGAAAAGUGUCCAACUCUUCUUGUCGAUAACUUCAAGUUGAAUGGGAGCGGAAUCGCAGCAACAAGGCGGACAUGAACUUCGGCGUGCCCGCUAACUCGAUGCUACUCCUCCGCGCCUGCGAUGAGGGGGACUACGAAACGGCCCGGGGGAUCCUGGAACCCGGAGCCUCCAAGGACUGCGGGCGCCAGAGCAGGCUGCGCUCGGACGCGGGCUCCGAGUGCAACCCGGCGGAUCUGUUGUCUCUCGUCCCGGUGGACUGCACGGACGAGGAGGGGAACACCGGCCUGCAGUUUGCCUCGGCCAGCGGUCACGAAAACCUGGUGCGGUUUUUGCUCCGUAAGGGGGCCUCGGUGGACAGCCGCAACAAUUACGGUUGGACGCCCCUCAUGCAGGCUGCCAGAUUUGGUCACCUGACCGUCGCUCACAUCCUCCUGGAGAACGGGGCCGACAUUAAUGGGCGGAACCGGCUGGGCGCAAGCGUCCUGACGAUGGCCGCUCGCGGGGGACACACGCAUGUGGUGAAACUUCUCCUGGAGAGCGACGCCUUCGUGGACGACUUCGACCACCUGGCGGCGGCCGCCGAGGCAGACCCCAACGGAAAUAACAACAACAGCUGCAGCGCUGCCGGUUUCGUGGCCGGCGAAGGCUGCGCAGGGGGCGGCCUGCGGGAUUUCAUGGACGUCACAGCCCUGAUGGUGGCGUCUCAGCACGGCCACGAGGCCACGGUGCGUCUGCUGCUGGAGUGGGGCGCCGACGUCAGCGUUGCGCAGAAGACCACCGGCUGGGGUCCGCUGAUGGUGGCUGCACUCAGCGGGAAGGUGGCCGUGGCCCAGCAGCUGGUGGAGCGUGGUGCCGAUCCAGACCGAGUGAAUGUGUUAUCCAAGACGGCGUUUGAGCUCGCCAUGCAGUUGAAACAGCGAGAGAUCAAGGCUUACCUGGAUUCCAUCACCACCGUACGACCGCAGACUGAUGAUGAGAGACGAAGACCAGAUGUGUUCAGCGCCCUCAAACUGGGAAAUUCCCAGCUCGUCAAAGAAAUCUUGGAAGAGGAUCCCACUCAGGUGAAUUCCUCCAAUCAGGAGGGAGCGACGCCAUUGAUGAUGGCGGCAGUCAGCGGCCAGUUGGAAGUUGUGCAGCGGAUGGUGGAGAAGAAGGCCGACGUCGACAAACAAGACGGAGUCCACGGGUGGACGGCCUUGAUGCAGGCCACGUAUCAUGGAAAUAAAGACGUUGUCAAGUACCUACUCAGUCAAGGGGCUGACGUCAACCUUCGAGCAAAGAAUGGAUACACAGCUUUUGAUUUGGUCAUGCUGCUGAAUGAUCCAGACACCGAGCUGGUGCGUCUGCUCGCCUCGGUGUGCAUGCAAGUGGACAAGGAGCGGUCCAAGCAGCGUGGCAGGACACCAGUGGCUCACUCCAAAGGCAGGCACGCCCUCAACAACGCCCCCGUGCCACCCGAUGACAAAGGAGGCCUUAAGUCCUGGUGGAGUAGGAUGUCUAAUCGAUUCCGGCGGCUGAAGCUGACUCACACCUUGAGACACGGCUUUUUGUCCAACCGACUGGCUCCGUUCCCAGACGACGCGGAUACCUCCCUCGACACCACCAUGAAGGCUGACGUGAAACCUGCUAGUACCGCUAACGCCGCUCUGGCACCCACGAGUGCCCAGGGAGUAAGUGACAUCGGCACCGUUUGGGCAGUCAAGAGCAAAGAGACGGGUCUGUGCAGAACAUCAUCAGAAAAAGAUGACAUGCUAAUUACCACAAUGCUUCGCAGCGGCGCUCCGCUUACCCGGCUGCCUAACGACAAGCUGAAGGCGGUGAUCCCGCCCUUCCUGCCUCCAUCCAACUUUGAAUCGUGGAACUCUGACCGCUCGCACCUCCUCAGGGAGGGGAAAAGCGAAGCACCUCGGCUUCCGAUGCCUCCCCAGAGGAAGUUGAACAGCAGCGGGAACUCUGAUAUUACUUCAAUCAGUCGAGUGGUGAGCAGAUCCAUGAAGUUUCCUGGCCUUCCCAAGGGUCCUUCUUCCUCUUCUCCUUCCAAUUCUGGCCACUACCACUCGCCUCACUCCUCUGGGGGCUCCAAUGGCGUGGCAGGCCUCAACCGGGACACGCACAAUCGCUCAGGCGGCAGCGCAGACGGUGUUCUCGCCCAGAUAGCGGCCCAACGCAAGAAAGCCGCGGGCCUGAUUGAGGUGAAGGCUCAGCCGAGUGAGAAACGGCACAGCCAACGUUUAAGUCCACCGCCACUUCCUGUUGCCCCCGCCAGCAGCAUGCCAACGCCAGACAUCUGCCUCCCUGAUACGCACACUCACGCCAAUCUGGACAUCUCCUCAAGAAGGAAGAUGGAUUUGAAAAGGAGACCCCAGUCCGGGAAUUCAUCCACCUCCAAGAGCACGUCGCCCACUCUGACGCCGUCCCCCUCCCCGACCCCCAAGCCCCCCGGCGGGCAAGGAGACUCCUUGUCCUCGGCUUCUUCCCACCCCCGCUCCAAGAGCAGCGGUGGCUCCAGCAGUGGAACCAUCACCGAUGACGAUGAGUUGUCAAGUAUCUUAAAGAAGCUGUCGUUGGAAAAAUAUCAGCCCAUAUUUGAGGAACAGGAGGUGGAUAUGGAAGCUUUUCUGACUUUAACAGAUGGAGACCUGAGGGAGCUCGGCAUCAAAACAGAUGGACCCAGACAGCAGAUCUUGGCCGCCAUAUCAGAGCUUAAUGCCGGGAAAGGCCGGGAAAGGCAGAUCCUUCAAGAAACCAUCCACAACUUCCAGUCGUCCUUCGGCAGCAGUGCCAGCAACCCGAGACCACCCGGAGAGCCACGCUCUCCAACUAACUGGAUGAGACAUCAAGUUCGUUCCUCUAGUAAAAGCGCACCUGUUACCUCCACGGAGCGCAAGAUCAUGAUCCCUCCCGGAGACUGCAUGUACGCGGGCAGGAAGCGGAGGAAGCCCGUGCAAAAGCAGAAGCCGUCAUCCGCUAAUGAGAAAACGAACCCGUCCAAGCGGCACCGGGACAGGCUGAACGCCGAGCUGGACCGGCUGGCCAGCCUGCUGCCGUUCCCCCCGGACGUCAUCUCCAAACUGGACAAACUGUCUGUGCUGCGCCUCGCCGUUUCCUACCUCCGCGUCAAGAGUUUCUUCCAAGCAAAUCAAGACAAGGCGCCAAGGAAGCACAUCAACGCUGCAUCCCCCAACCUUGAACCCGGCAGGAAAGAGAGCAUCCCAACGGGCACGGGUGUCAACGAAAGUGGCCUGCUCUUGGAGUCCCUGACAGGAUUUGCCUUGGUUGUGAGCAGCGAUGGGAUGGUCUUUUAUGCCUCCUCGACCAUUGUGGACUAUCUGGGAUUCCAUCAGACUGAUGUGAUGCACCAGAAUGUGUUCGAUUACAUCCACAUAGAUGACCGCCAGGAGUUCAGAAGCCAGCUACACUGGGCCAUGUGCCCUCCACAGCAUCAAGGGCCAUCAGCACAUCAGGACGCCCAGCUCGCUGCAGGGACUGGUGACGAGUUUGUGGUGAGCAGUCUGUUCCACUCUCCAGAGGCGGGGGGCAUUCCUCCUGAGCUCUCCUGCUUUCUCAACAGAUGUUUCAUAGCGAGGGUCCGAUGUCUCUUGGACAGCACAUCUGGAUUCUUGACAAUGCAGUUUCAGGGUCGGCUGAAGUUUCUCCAAGGACAGAAAAAGAAGUCUGCCUCCGGGGCUCCGCUUCCUCCCCAGCUGGCUCUCUUCUGCAUAGCUGUACCCCUUUUACUGCCCUCCAUUACCGAGAUGAAAAUGAAGAACAUGUUAAUGCGAGGAAAGAACAAGAGCGGAGGAGGGAUUAUCUCGGCACUGGAGCAUGGAGAACGAGGGGAACACCUCCGAAGGCACUCCUUCAGUGGAGGAAUGGGCGAUGUAGCAGACCCUCUUCUCCUCUCCUGUCCAAACCCCGGGGGCGCUCAGAGGGGCCACCACACUCCCUGGACCCCGCUCACCAAAGAUAACCUCAAAUUCCGCUCCGACGGCUACUACAACCAGGAAGAGCCCCUCAAUUUCUGCAAGACGUCAAUGUCUUCCCAUAAGGGCCUCGGUCCCGGCUUGGGGAGCGGUUGGCCUCUGCGGCCGAACUCGGGGCCCCUCAGAACGGGCCAGGGUGUCGGCUACAUCCCGACCAACCGCUUAAACAAGCCCGGCCAAUACGGGAAGCCGUACCGUCUUUCCCCUGGCUGCCACGGCAGCAGGAACGGGGAGGUGUUCGUCUCCAAGCUCUACGGCAGCCUGCAGAUCCCCGCAGACCCAGACGCCUACUGCGUGGAUUUAGUGAAGAGUGAGAACGGGUACGGCGAAUGCUACGACGGCCACCUGAUGCCGCCCAUCAAAGUGGAGCACGACUCUGACUCGGAGAACGGCUGCGAUCCCUUCGGGCGACCUUGGGUGCAUCGGGAUCCGGACGCUAUUGACCGUCGCUACGGUAACGGGGUAUACGACCAGAGUUCUGGCGUCCAGCUCAAAUCGGAAACGGACUACUACGAUCUCCAGUAUUCGCCCUGCCAACGGAGCAAAGCGGGGAUCAGCCCACCGUACAACAGUGGCAACUAUCAGAACAACUAUGCAGUGAACAACAGUGGACGUUUGUUAAAAUGCGACAAAGACACGGGCAAUAACAAUAACAACGACAACAGUCAGUUCAGCCCUCAGAGACUCUCUCACUCCCAAUGCAGUAAUCAAUCGGUCAACCUCAUCGAUUCUCAAGUCUACCAACAGGAGCCUCAAAAGCCAUACAUGCACCAGGACUUCAACAAGCACGGCACUUACGAGUUCAAAGGUCACGGGCUGAUCCAUUCCAUCAAACGAGAGCCCAUGGACUCCCCGCCGUGGUCCGAGGGCGGCCAUGACCUGAGCCAGCCCAUGAUGGUUGGUCCGAGGAACGUUAUGCCAUGCGUGAGCACAGGGCACCACAAAUCCAGCCCUUACAUUUAUAUGCCCUAG